CACCUGCUGCGCUGCGAAAGUGAGUGUCCAAUGUAUGAGAUGCACAGUCUGCAUUCGACUGAUGAGGAUUUUAAGUGGAUACGUCACAAACAAGGAAUAGAGGAGAGGGAGGGACGGAGCAGAAGAGGAGAGUAAGCCAUGUACGGGGAGCCAGUGAGAGAGGGGGCUAUAUUGACUCAAAGCUGGUCUUCAUGCUCCUUAGUGUGUGUGAGAGAGAGGCAGACGUGAGAGCAAUUAAGAUGGAGUGCUGGCAUAGAUGAAGACUGCCCUGGUCCCGUUCAGCAGCCCACAUGAGCGUCUCCAAACCACCGCCGCCCCCUUCCGCCUCCCACCUGACCAUCCCACCUUCCUCUACUUCCACGACCUCUUCAUCGGCCUCCUCCCCGUCGGCCCCGCCCCCUCCCUCGCCCGUCAAGAUUUCUAUGCAGGAGCACUUUGCCAUCAACGUGUGCCCGGGUCCCAUCCUCCCUAUCCCGCAGAUCUCCGACUUCUUCCCGCGUUUCCACGACUAUCCCUGCACGCCGCCACCCCCGCGGGAGAAGAAGAUCCUUAAGGAGGAGACUUUCAACGGUGAGAUGGGCGGAGGCUUCAAAGAUGUCGAGAGGCGGGGGGACAACGAUGGAGACAGGGAGGAAGUCGCUGACUCCGAUGAUGACGACACCUAUUUGGGGACGUUGGAGUUCACCCUUCUCUUUGAUCAGGAGAAUAACUGUCUCCAUUGCACCAUUCACAAGGCAAAGGGACUGAAAGCCAUGGAUUCCAAUGGGCUGGCUGAUCCCUAUGUCAAGCUUCAUCUUCUUCCUGGGGCUAGCAAGGCCAACAAACUUCGCACAAAAACUCUGAAGAACACACUAAACCCAGUUUGGAAUGAGACACUGGUGUAUCACGGAAUCACAGCGGCUGACAUGACCACCAAAACGCUCAGGCUGUGCGUAUGCGACAUGGACAGACUGGGCCGAAAUGAAUUCAUCGGCGAGGUGAGAGUGGCUCUGAAGAAGCUCAGAGAGGGUGACAACAAACGUUACAAUAUGGGCUUGGAGAGAAUUGCACAGAACAAAGAAUCCAACAAUCAAGCAGUGGAGCAGGGAGCGCUGGUGGCAGAGGAGGAGCGGGGGCGCAUCCUGGUGUCGUUGUGCUAUAACACGGAGAAGGGCUGCCUGCUGGUUGGGAUCAUACGCUGUGCCCAUCUGGCCGCCAUGGACUCCAAUGGCUACUCUGACCCCUUUGUCAAAAUCAUCUUACAGCCAGACAUGGGGAAGAAAUCCAAGUACAAGACGUCGGUGAAGAAAAAGACUCUCAACCCUGAAUUCAAUGAGGAAUUUUCCUAUGACGUGACUCUGGACUUGCUGGCUAAGAAAACCCUUGAGAUCUCAGUGUGGGACUACGACUUGGGAAUGAGCAAUGACUUCAUAGGUGGCGUGGAGCUAGGCAUCAACGCAAGCGGACAGAGACUCAGACACUGGUUCGAGUGUCUCAAAAACAAAGGAAAAAAAGUGGAGUACUGGCAUACGCUCACACAGCAAGGAGCCCCGAGCAGCGACAAAACGGACUAAAUCACACCAGACACACAGUAAACACACAUGCACCCAACCCCUGAAAGAUUAAAGAAAAGAACAGAAACUGCAAUAAUAAUGUCAUCGUGAUGAAGAGGAAAUCCAUCAUUUAAUGCAGACAGCUCCGAUUCUUUGUAAAUGAUCUUCAUUAUGACAUCAGUGAUGUUAAAAAGGUGUGGUGUUUAUUUUUUUAUGGUGAACCAAAUUGCCCUCAUAAAUGGAACAAAAGGGAUACACACAACGUUGUCAUUUAGACCUUGUGCAAGUCGCUCUGAUGUCCCUGUUCAAAUGUACAACUAAUGAAGAGAUGAUUAGAAUUCACUCCAUGAACGAGGCCAGCAACUGUGUGAGGCGAUGUGACUCUUUGGGCCGGAUUUACUAAGAUCCCAAAUAAGAGGCGCUAAAUUGUCUGUGUGCGCACUUGUGCACUCUCUCUAACAGAUAGCGGCAUGUUUUUAGCAACAGGUGUCAAAGUGUUUUUUUUUUUUUUACGGAAGGUUUUGAGCACUUGAGGUACUGCAGAUGGUUUUCACCUUUGCGUGUUUGCUUGCUCCUGCCUUCAGAGGUACUUAUUCAAAAUCAGCCAUCGCAAUUCGUCUCAGGUUUAUUAAAUCACAUUGAGCUCGCCUAAGACAUGGAUUGCAUCUACUUUUACCAAAAUGAAAUGUAUUUUGUGCAUUUGGUGAACGCAGUCCGAGGUGCUCCUUGUUAGCUUCCACAUUUGUUGGCGUGACUAGUCAAGUUUGUGCCUUUUUCGCACAAGAAACUCUUUAGUAAAUCAGGCCCACAGUGUCAAUACACCAUCGCUAUGCUGGCUUGUAUAGUAACCCCGUCUCAUUACUUUAAAAGCACAAAAAGAUCCAUUCGGUGGAUUUGUUCCUUUAACAUGUCAAGUGUUUUGAACUUUCAUUGUCUUUGUGACUGUAAUCUAUGUGUAUGUGUGAAGCAGGCAGUGAGAAUUUGAGUGCCUGGAUUUUCUGUCUUUGCAGCAUCUCUUUUAACAUGGUGCCCUGUUCCAAAUAUCACAACUGAACUUCAAGAAGCACAGUCUGUGGCUCAAUGUGAGUGUGUGUGUCUGUGUGUGUGUGUGUGUGUGUGUGUGUGUGUGUGUGUGUGUGUGUGUGUGUGUGUGUGUGUGUGUGUGUGUGUGUGUGUGUGUGUGUGUGUGUGUGUGUGUGUGUGUGUGUGUGUGUGUGUGUGUGUGUGUGUGUGUGUGUGUGUGUGUGUGUGUAUGAGACAACAGAAUAAGGGGGGGACACAAGGAUAGGAAGGAAGCAGCGCAGCAGACAGCAACCCUCUGCUGCCUCUAGUGGCUGUUUUCAUUCCUGCAUGGAAGGCACAAUUGACAAGCUGUCAAUCACUUGUCAUCUCAUCGGUUCACAAUCAUAGAAGUAUUUUUGAGACGGCUGCACAAUCCAAUGAGAUCCGAUACGAGAACCGCAUUAAAAGAUGUCCCUCACAAAGCUUUUGAGGCAAACUACCAGUGAGGUGGUUGUAAUAUUUUGCGACAUUUUGAUUCAGCUCAUGUCUCGGUUCUCUUUUGAUUGCGUGCCUAAUGAAGUGUCCAGUGAGUGUUUAUGCCUCAAUGCAUUCACUUUGCUGCAUACUCAUCGACGUGCAAAAAGAUUGAUGUUUGAGAGGUGAGCUUCUCAUUGUUACUCCAAGUGUAUAAUAUCAAUCAAUAAAUGAUGCAAGUUUUAUUUCCUGCAGGCCAAUAUCAUGCAGUAAUACAUCCAUUCGCGGUGCUGUCACUUGAUUUAUGGGAAUGACAUUGCUUUCAACUCCUCUAAUACAUCCUAAUAAGAGUGUGUCACUUGGAGACUCACGACAUAAGGACUUAAUGACCAUUUCUGUGAUCAGUUCUUUUUCUAAUAUGAGUGAAUAUCAGGUUUAUUUUCAUACAUUAAGUGGCAAAGAUGACCCAAAAUCGGUCUGUGGAAAAUGUGAAAGCUUGUUGUAAACAAAAGUAUCACCUGCUGAGUCUUGGCUUGUUGACAACAUGUGUGUCAUUUAUCAACAGCCCUUAACCGGGCUAUGGUCAACUAACGCACGCCCAGAGACCUGACGGAUGUUCAGUCCAAUCGAUUCAUCGAGUCCUUCUACAACCUUGUGAAAGUCUUGUUGUUGGCCACAGAAAAAAAAAAAAAGAGUAUUCUGAAUGGGGAAAAAGGACUCAGGUUUAAAAAGAAAAAAAGAAGCUAUGAACAUGACUAGGAAAACAGCUAAGUCUUUGGAUGGCUUUGACAAAAAAAGCUUGAGCUAACAUGUUGGCUCCUCCUUUUCUUUCUCUAUGCAUCAAAAGCUCCCAGUGUGAUGAGAUAAUCAAACCAAAAUGAAAUGAUUGUGAUAGAUUCUUUGUCAGCGGCUCUGCCCCUCUUGCAUGCUUUGCUCACAUUUGAUCUGCAAUGUAGCUGCAUGCUUAGCAAUAAUCAUCAGCUUGUAUUAGUGGAGCGUGCUGAUAUGUUGACAGUUUGUGGCAUCAGCGUGUUUUUUUUCGUGCAAGAUGUCAUUCAGGAUGUUUGUUUGUGCUACUUUGUGUUUGACACUUGCCUUCCGAAACGCUCUGAGUGGUAAAAAAAAAAAUGCAAAGAAAGGAAGGGGGCUGUGAGAAGUCUUGUUUAUUCAGUUACGAUCGCAGUGUGACUGGCAUCAUGUGGUCAUGUUGUGUCACUACUUCUCAAAAUAAACAAAAGUCGUUUCACCA